GAGGUGUUCGUAUGCUGGGCAGCGUGAGGCGCCGGGGUCUGCGGGCGGUGGCAGGUGCGCUGAGCGGUGCAGGGGCCGCCCGGGGCGGCUCCGCAGCAGCCGUCAUUCCCCUUCUUCCGCUGGCCGGGCCGAGCGCGGAAGGCCGGGAGCGCGCCCUGUCUUCCGCUGUCGUCGCCUUGCGCGAGGGGGGCCUGGUGGCCGUGCCCACCGACACCGUCUAUGGCGUUGCCUGCCUAGCGCAGGACUCGCGAGCCCUGCGGGCCGUCUACCGGCUGAAGGGACGCGACGGCGCCAAGCCGCUGGCCAUCUGCCUCGCCGACGUGGGUCAGGUGCACAGAUACUGUAAGGUGGCUGUGCCUGAUCAGCUCCUUCAUGAUCUCUUGCCGGGGCCCGUCACGCUGGUCCUAGAGCGCUCUCAGACCCUCAACCCAGAUCUCAAUCCCUUCACGCCUCUGGUUGGUGUCCGCGUCCCCAGUCACUGGUUCGUUAGGGAACUGGCCAGGGUGUGUGCCGCCCCCUUGGCCUUAACAAGUGCAAACAUCAGUGCCCAGGCAAGCAGCUUGUCAGUCACGGAAUUCCAAGAGCUUUGGCCUCAUCUAGCACUGGUGGUAGAUGGAGGCCCGAUUGGGGACCUACAGAGGCCAGAGUGCCGUCUGGGCUCCACAGUGGUUGACAUCUCUGUCCCUGGCAAGUUCAAGGUCAUUCGUCCAGGCUGUGCGCUUACCCAGACUGUUGAAAUCCUGGUAAAGAAACAUGGCUUGACAGCAAUAUCCUGAUCUAUAAAACUCAUGAGGGGGUGCAACUGAGUGCUCCUUGGCUCUUCAGGAAAUCACUCUCAAUGGUCUUGUUUAUGAAGGGAUAAGGGGGUUAAUUCUGCCCAGGGAAAAGCUGUUUGGUAAAAAGGGAACCUUCUUUCCCCCCCUUUCCACUAGCCCCCAUGUCUCCUUAUGGCUUAAAAAUACCCUUUUUGUGACUGAGGCAAUGAUCCCAUAGGUAAUGGGACCUUUUUGAAAUGUGGAGUUUUUAGUAUUGGACACAACUAAAAUGGAAGAAUUCUUCAACGUGAAGUAGUCAGUUCUCUCCACUGACAGAACUGAUUAUUUGUAUGAGCCAAAGAUUGAGGGAUUCUAUCAGAAGCCUUCUUUAUUGACUGCUCUGUUUCCUUGGGCAUGUGUGAACUGGGGGGGGGGGGUAAGCAAGUGCAACUUGGAGAGAUGCAAAGAAAUGGAAGGUGGGUUGGGAGUAUGCCCCUUAGUUAGGGACCAAUCUGUCUUUAACCCCACGUCUGCUGAGCAGAUGUGGUCUAUAGCAUGUAACAGGCUGCAUUUGAA